AUGUCAGAUAUCAAUAUGGAGAAGUUUGCCGUACCAGAAUUUGUGCCAGAAAGAUAUGUAAAAGAGUUAACGAAGUCGUGUGUCGGAGGGGAGGAGCUGGCCCAGCAAAAGGAGAAAAUUAAGAACUUAGCCGAAGAAACCGCAAAUGCCCUAAAGAAAAAUGUUUACGAAAACUAUAUGCAGUUUAUUGAAACAGCCACCGAAAUAUCUCACUUAGAAACUGAAAUGUACAAGCUCUCGCAUUUGUUAAGUGAUCAACGAAUUGUUCUUACGACUUUAUCUCAGGCUUCAAUUCUAGGAAAUGAGAAUACUCUAUCUCGAGAAUCACUCGACAAUCAUGACCUCGAAGGUGAAAGAGCGGAAGAGGAACGUAAGAAUAAACUUACUUCAAUCUCAGAAAAGGUAGAGAGUUGCAUGAACCUCCUAGAUUUCCCUGACAGACAUCUAUUACAUGAAGGUGAUUUACUAGAGAUAGACGCUGAGGAGAAUACUGCCUUGCAAAGAAUGCAUGUCUAUUUGUUUAAUGACUGUUUAAUGCUCACUUCUUGGAUUUCAAAUCGUCGUGGACCCAUGAGAUACAAGUUUCAGACUAGUUACCCCAUCAGCACUCUAGCUGUAGUGAAUGUACGUGAUUUAGGUACAGUAAAACAAGCAUUUAAAGUUUUAGCCUUUCCUGACACAAGAGUUUUUCAAUGUAAUAGUAUAGCAAUUAAAAAAGACUGGCUUGAUAAGUUUGAUCUAGCAAAAAAGAUGCACAUCGAAAAAGAAAACCUAAAACAGAAGAAAAAAGAUUCUAUGGAUAAACCUAAGCAUGAAUCUUUAGAGUCACCAAGUCUUUCUGUGGAAGAGAUACCUUCACCACAAAUGACUCCACUCCCAGACUGGGUUGUUGAUGUUACAGAAGAGCUUGAUGUAUUAAUUGUGGAAAGACAUUUUCAAAAAACUUAUGAACUAAUGAUGGCUGCCCAGAAGACUUUGAAUGAGGAGGAAUACAAGAACCAUCCACAGAAAUGUGAAAUAUUAAAGAAGAUUGAGCAGAAGCAGAAAGUAUUGACUGAAAUACUACUUAAGGAACUCGAUGUCAAUCAUAACUGGAGUCCAAGAGGAGGACUGAGGUCAUCUCGGCCUCCUGUUAUUAUACUUAAUAAGUUCAAUUUGACUAGUCAAGCCUGUGAACUUUUCCUCGAUAUAUGUAGUCAUACAGUUAAAGCACAUGUUAAAGGAGUCCAGCUAGAAGGUUCCAUAUACAGUUACGUUAAACAAGUGGGUGAAGUCUUUUUCUGCUCUUUGAGCGAUGCCUUAACAGAAUUUAUUGUACUAUUUCCUAAAAAUAAGUUAAGUGCUUUUAUAGUUUGGGCUAGCAUGCAACUUAGAAUACUAAUGAGUCAAAUUAUAAAACAAGUAUUUACACCGCAGUGUGCAUUAGAUUCAGUCUUAGAAUGUGUACAAAGUUUGAGGGAGCAAUGCACUUUAUUCUGUGAGUUUGGCUUAGAUUUAAGAUUUCAAAUGAAUAGUUGUUUACGGACACCAAUUAUAAGGGCACUGAAAGAGUAUAAGGAAAAAAUUAUAGAUUCCAUGAAGACUAAAAUAACCGAUGAUAAGUGGACACCAGUAAACAUGCAUACAAAGGCUGGUAUGAAUAAAUUUUUAACGCAAAUGGAAAAUUUGGGCCUUAUCUUAGUUAGGUACGUCAUAAACGAAACGUGGGUGGAUUUAUCGAGUAGCACUAUAUGGUUCGUGCAGUCCAUCAUAACAGUGCAGAAUGUCGGAUUAAAAAUUGUUACUAAAGAUAUGAUGGACGUUGUUGACGAAUGUAUAUAUUCAAUAUUUAGCUCUAGACUCAUGUACUCUUCAGUGAACGACGUCAGUUACGCUCAGAAAAAUUACAAAUUCAUAUUGGAUACGGUUAUGCCGCUCAUCUUGAAAAAUUACAAGCAGGAAGUCGGUUACGAAAACGAGAAAUUAUUAGAACUAGCAAAGAAAUACGGUGUAAACAUCGCGCCGCCAAAGAAAUCCAACAUCACAAAAUACACUAGCAAUGAGUAUUUAUGA